UGAUAGGCUCGUUCCGUGCCUAUCUUUUCAACCAUAUUUUGGGUAUUAAUUGUCUAAUUUUUAUAAUUAAUCGGGUGACUAUUGGGGAUUUUGAGUAAAAAUUUGCUAUUUUUCGGUCCCGGUGGCAUUCAUAUUCAGUAUAGUAUUUUUCUACACAAUUUAACGUUUUUGGAGUAAUUUGAUUGUAAAGUUACAUGUUAUUAGAGAGUGUGGUGAGUUGUUAUUGUAUAGGCCGAGUUUGCGUGAAUAAUACAUUAUGUUUGGACUGGAUCAUUGGCGGUUUGUUUUAGAAGUUAUCAAGUGCAAUCCAAAGGAAAAAGAAAGAACGAGCAUCCCAAAAAGGAAAAAAAAAACCGCAGCACCGUUCUUUUUACUUGGCAGCAGCCGCACCAGGGGGAUAUUCCUUUCUAUUCGUAGCAGCAGUUCACUUAGGAGCAGAUCAGUAUCACUCAUUCUUUCCUUUCAUUUUUUUUUGAAGUUAGCCGUAGCACUACGAUUCUUUCUGUUCCUGAAAUCAAUUAGCCGCAGCAGAGUUUAUUUCCAUUCUUGUGUUCUGUCCUUAGUGAAUCAGCCGCAUCAGCAAGAAAGAAAAUCAGAACGGUUUCUAAACUGCACUCCUCUUUCAAUUUUCUCCUAGUUAAUUUAGAUUUCAAACAUUCAUUGUAAGUUAAACAUAUUUUGCAUUACUUAGUUUCAGAUCUGAAUUAACUUUCGAAGAUGUUUUUCUGUAGUUGAUAAUUAAGAAUUUCCCAGAGAAUUAUUCUACUUCAAUUUUUCUAGCCCUUAUCAUGCUUAUCAAUAUGAUUGUGAUGUUAAUUUUUAGUAUGAGUAACUAAUUUCUUAUAGGGUUUGAAUUGGGGCUAGGGUUCAUGGGUUCUUGAGGGUGUGAAUUUAGUUUUUCUGAAAUUCAAUUAAUUUUCUGGAAAAUUGUAUAAGAUUAAUCAUAAUUGUCUAUAUGAAUUUGAUCACCUCAUAUAUGAAUUUUUGGAUUUAAUUCAACUCUUGUCUAUGAGAAAUUGAGUUAAAUUAGCUCGGAUCUUAUACAAGCAAUCUGAUCUUAGAAAUAAGUUAGGAUUGUGAUAAAAUGAUUUUAUUCUUGUCUAUGAGAAGUGAUUUCAUUUUUUUUUGUCCAGGAAUAAUUAAAAAUCAAUUUAGUUAAUUCUAAUCCCGAAAGAACACCCAGAACCCGAACCAUUCAAUUUGAACCCUGUUUUAAUAUUCUGAAUCAAUUUACUUAUUUUUUCAUCUAUUUAUUUUUGCACUUGCUGUUCGUUAAUUUUUUUAAACCAUCCAAAAAAAAUAUUCAUUCGGAAAGAUUACCAUGACUUGUGCUAGCCUGUGAUCACGGACUGUAUUUAAAACUUCCCUUUGCCACUCCUUGAGAGACGAUACUCGUGAUCUGGUUAUUCUUCGGAUUAGCCAACUACGUUUUACUUCACUAAAAAAAAAAUACACCGAUCAAAUGGCGCCGUUGCCGGGGAGUGGCACAGUUGUUUGUUAAGUACUUUCUGUGGAAUAGGUAAAAGCAAGUCGGUGAGACUUUCUAUUUUUUUUCCUGUUAUUUGUUUGUCGUUUUUGGUGUUCUUUGCACGUGAACUAAGCUGCAGGAACCGGUGUAUGCACACACGUGCUCGGGGAACUGAAGGCUUGAUCCCAUUGAAUCCAAACCCCGAGAGUAUUUUGAGAAGAAGAAAAGGAAGGUCAAGAAACAUGGCCGGAGAACAACAGCCCGCAAGGAGGACAAUGUAUGAACAAAUUACUCCGCAAUUUGCAGAGGUUGAUGGAAUAACCAUGUCGGGCAUUGAAGCUGCAAAUUACCAACUAUCUCCCGGAUUAAUCAGUCUAGCCCAGAGAAACCAGUUCGGAGGGAUGAGACAUGAAGACGCCCAGACACAUAUGCGUUGGUUCAACCGUCUCUGUCGGACUUCCCGAAUCAAUGGAGUUUCUGAAGCAGCUAACAAACUACUUUUGUUCCCAUUCACUCUAAGGGACAAGGCGCAACACUGGCUCGAUAGCCACACUUUUGCCACCUGGGAUGAAUUAUACCAAGCUUUCAUGAAACAGUACUGCCCAGCAUCCGCAGGAAUCAAAGCCAAGGCAACUCUCCAGAACUUUAGGCAAGGGAGGAACGAGACAUUGAGUGAGGCAUGGGAGCGGUACAAGGAGCUCCGAAUUAACUGUCCAUCCAACAUCAUGGAGAGCAUGGACACCAUAUUUCACUUCUACAAUGGGCUGUCCAUUGAGAGCAAAAAGGAGUUGGAUUACUCUUCUAAAACAGGUUCAAUCCUAAGGCUGACAUCAGGAGAAGGUGAAGAACUGAUAGAGACUAUUACCUCAAAUGAGAGGUACUGGUAUGAUGAGCGAAGUGAAAGAGCUCCACAGAAGGCAGGAUUAUAUGAGGUUGAUUCUAGUACAGUUGCUGCCGCAAAAUUGGAUGCUCUUGUCCUAAAGUUUGAGAAACUCUAUGAAGCUCAGGCGCAGAACCAACACCAAGGUGGCCAGGGGAUGAACCAGAGGAGUGUUCGACCAAUGCCAAACCAGAAUCUAGUGAGAGGCAUGGUGCUUUCGUGUGAUCAUUGUUUCGGAGCCCACCUGACCAAUUCAUGUCCUCAAUUCUUUGAAGAGCCCAUUUCACCUCAAGAAGUAAAUCUUAUGGAAUAUGCUAAGAAAGGAGAGGGUCCACUAGCACCUCAAUACCAAGGAAACCGAGGUAACUUUGCUGGCUACAACAACCAGAGGAAUAAUUUUCAGAGUGGUGCAAACCAGUGGAGAGAUACUAACCGCCAAGGUGGGUACCAACGAGGCCAAGGAAGUGGCAGCAAUCAGCCUUAUGUGCCCCCACAUAUCAGACAAGAUAAUUCAGCUCAUUCCCAACAAGAUUUGUGCUUGCAGAGCUGACACGGGCUAGAGAAGAAAAUGAAUUAAGAGAUAAAAGGGCAAGAGAGGAAAAGAUAUUGAUGGAGCAGCGGUUGAGGAACCUUGAGCUGCAACAUGAGCAACGAAUGCGGGAACUAGAGAACAGAUUCUUUGGAGGUCCUUCCGGGAGGCAGUCUGAAAGCCUUCCCAGCACUACAGAGCUAAACCCAAGAGAGCAUGUGAAUGCAAUAAAUCUGCGCAACGGGAAGCAAGUUCCUGAACCAAUGGUGGAUGCGAAGGAGAGCCAAGCCAAGAAUGUUCCUAACUGUCCAAGAAAGAGUGCAGAGCCAGUCAAUGUCCCAAAACCUAUUCAAAGACAAUCUGAAGAUGAACUAGAGUUCAAUUCUGAACAGCCAGGCCAGAGAGAGGGCAAGGCAAUCAUCGAGCCGAAUACACUUCAACAAGAGGCCAAGAGGGCUAAUGCACCAGUUGUUCCAUUCCCUGCUCGUGUCAAGAAGGGCGAGGACCGCAAGAGAGAAUACAAGUUUAUGGAGAUGAUUCGCAAACUACAUGUGGAUAUGCCACUCACAGAAGUACUUGCGGAGAUGCCUAAAUAUGCAAAGUUCCUGAAGGACUUAAUCACCAACAAAAAGAGGCUGGAGGAGUACUCUGUGGUUGACCUAAAUGCUGAGUGUUCAGCUGUGGUGACAAAAAUGAUGCCGGAAAAGCUCAAGGAUCCAGGUUCUUUCACCAUACCUUGUUCUAUUCAUGAUUAUGUUUUUAAAAAUGCACUAGCUGAUCUAGGAGCCAGCAUCAACUUGAUGCCAGCUUCUCUUGUUAAUAAGUUGGGACUGGGUGGAAUGAAACCCACUAGGAUGUGUCUUCAAUUAGCUGAUCGCUCUGUUAAGUACCCAAGUGGUAUUAUUGAGGACGUCCUAGUCAGGGUUGGUGAGUUUAUUUUUCCUGUAGACUUUGUCGUUAUGGAUAUAGAGGAGGAUCGUGGUACCCCUCUUAUUUUGGGGCGGCCUUUCUUGGCCACUGCCCGUGCUGUUAUUGAUGUGUCUGAUGGUUCAUUGACUCUGAGAAUUGGAGAGGACACUUGUACUUUUCGACUCUCAGAAGUUAUGAACCACCCCGAGGCACAAACUGAGAGCUGUAAUUUUCUUCAUAUGUAUGAGUGCAUUGAGGAUUAUUUAUUUGGGGGCCAGGGUGAGAUUGAUUAUUCUGAUGAUACUGCAUGUGGUGAGGUCUUAGAUGUGGGUAUGUGUGAUGAUGAAAUGUUAUCUCAUGAACUUAAAUGCUCUGUUGAUGAUUUGCUAGGAGAAGCCUCUCAAGAGGUUUCAGGUAGUAUUGUUGUUGACACACCCCCAUGUGAGCAGUUUUCUGAGCUUAAAAGGCUCCCAGAACACCUACAGUACGCUUCAUUGGAUGAUGAGGGCAAACACCCCAUUAUCAUUGCUUCUGAUUUAGAGAGAGAUGAAAAAGAUAAGGUUGUGUCCUUGCUUAGGCGGCGUGAAGGGGCCAUUGCCCGCACGCUGGGGGAUAUUAAGGGGAUCGAUCCUACCUUUUGCACACAUAGGAUUAGCAUUGAGGAAGGGUUCAGCCCGACAGUGCAACCACUGCGCAGGUUGAACCCUAAUUUGAUGGAGGUUGUGAGAACCGAGAUAUUGAGGCUUUUAGAUGCAGACAUUAUAUACCCAAUUUCUGAUAGUAGUUGGGUGAGUCCUAUUCAUAUGGUUCCUAAGAAAGGGGGAAUGACUGCUGUUGAGAAUGACAAAGGGGAGUUAAUACCUACUCGCAUUGUGUCAGGGUGGCGGAUGGUGAUUGAUUACCGAAAACUAAAUGAUGCCACCCGGAAGGACCACUUCCCUUUGCCAUUUAUUGAUCAGCUAGUUGAGAAUUUAGCAGGGCACGGGUAUUAUUGUUUCUUAGAUGGGAUGAGUGGGUACUUUCAGAUUCAUGUAGACCCUAGAGAUCAGGAGAAGACCACCUUUACUUGUCCCUUUGGCACUUUUGCUUUCCGUAGGAUGCCCUUCGGUUUGUGUAAUGCUCCUGCUACAUUUAUGCGUUGUAUGUUAGCCAUUUUUGACAGGUUUAUUGGCGAUUUCAUGGAAGUAUUUAUGGAUGAUUUUUCUUUGUUCGGUGAUACUUUUGACUCUUGCUUAGCUAACCUUGACAUGGUGCUUGCUAGAUGUGAGGAGACCCACUUGGCCUUAAGUUGGGAGAAAUGCCACUUUAUGGUCAGGGAGGGUAUUGUUUUAGGGCAUAAGGUUUUUGAAAAGGGAAUUGAGGUUGAUAAGGCGAAGGUUGUGGCAAUAGAGAAACUUCCAUAUCCAACCACAGUAAAAGCCAUCCGUAGCUUUCUUGGGCACGCUGGCUUUUACCGCCGGUUCAUACAGGAUUUCUCUAAGAUUGCCCGACCUUUGACUAAUCUUUUAGGGAAAGAUGUACCUUUUGAUUUUUCACCUGAUUGUGUUGUUGCUUUUGAUACUUUGAAAAGGAAAUUGACUGAGGCUCCCAUUCUUGCUACACCCGAUUGGUCUUUACCUUUCGAGAUAAUGUGUGAUGCUAGCGAUCAAGUGGUUGGGGCUAUCCUGGGUCAAACCAAGGAUAAGCACUUUCGCCCUAUCUACUAUGCCAGUAAGACUUUAGCGGGGCCUCAGCUCAAUUAUACCACUACUGAAAAAGAGUUUUUGGCUAUUGUGUUUGCUUUGGAGAAAUUUAGACCCUACAUCAUUCUUUCUAAGGUAAUUGUCUUCACUAACCAUGCGGCUUUGAGGUAUUUACUUCAGAAGAAUGAUGCAAGGCCUAGGCUUCUCCGCUGGAUUUUGUUGUUGCAGGAAUUCUAUGUGGAGAUCAAAGACCGAAAGGGGACUGCUAACCAAGCAGCAGAUCAUCUAUCUAGACUAGAGACUGAAGUGGUGGAGACAUUCAAAAAGUUUGAGCUUGAAGAGACUUUUCCAGAUGAGAGGCUUCUAGCCAUUCAACACAGUUCAAAGAUGCCUUGGUAUGCAGAUCUCGCUAACUUUCUUGUGGGCAAAGUUGAACCUGCCAGGAUGUCUCGCCACAUGAUUAAGAGAUUGAAGUCUGAAGCCAAGCAUUACUUCUGGGAUGAUCCACACCUGUUCAAAAUUUGUGCUGACCAAGUUGUGAGAAGAUGUGUACCUGAACAAGAAGGAAAGGAGAUUCUAAUGCAUUGUCAUACUGGACCCACAAGAGGUCACUUCUCAGGAGAGAGGACUGCCAGGAAAGUUCUUGAUUGUGGAUUCUAUUGGCCCACCAUUUUUAAGGAUGCUCAUGCUUAUGCUUCAGCUUGUGAUCAGUGCCAGAGGACUGGGAACAUAUCCCAGAGGGAUGAGAUGCCACAACACUAUAUUUUGCCAUGUGAAGUGUUCGAUGUGUGGGGAAUUGAUUUCAUGGGCCCUUUCCCGAGUUCGAAAGGGAACAAGUUCAUAAUAGUUGCUGUUGAUUAUGUGUCCAAGUGGGUGGAGGCCCAAGCAUGUUCCACGAAUGACACUAAGGUGGUUGUCCGAUUCUUAAAGAAGUUAUUUGCACGAUUUGGUGUUCCCAGAAUCUUGAUCAGUGAUAGGGGCAGCCAUUUCAGAAGUGACCUUAUGGCCCGUAUCCUUCAGCGAUAUGGUGUUCAGCACAGAAGCGGAGUGGCCUACCAUCCCCAGUCUCAAGGCUAGGUUGAAAAUUCAAAUAGAGAAAUCAAGGCAGUAUUGGAAAAGACAGUUGGUCGGUCAAGAAAGGACUGGGCAGAAAAGCUUGAUGAUGCUUUGUGGGCUAUUCGAACAGCAUAUAAGACUCCUGUUGGCGCCACACCAUUCGGGUUGGUUUAUUGAAAAUCAUGCCAUCUUCCAGUGGAGGUCGAGCAUAAGGCAUUUUGGGCUCUGAAGAAUGUUGUAUUUGACCUUGAAGGAGCUGGAAAGGAGAGAUUUUAUAAGCUGAAUGAGCUUGAAGAGUGGCGUGCUAUGGCCUUCCACAACAACCAUUUGUAUAAGGAGCGAGUGAAGCAAUAUCAUGAUAGGCACAUCAAGCAGUCCCGCGAGUUUAAAGUUGGAGAUCAGGUGCUGUUGUAUAAUUCUAGGUUGAAGUUGUUCCCUGGAAAACUGCGUUCCAGAUGGUCAGGGCCAUUUACAGUGACUGAGAUCUAUCCGUAUGGCACCAUUGAGUUGCAUGAUCCUGAAAGGGGAAACUUUAAGGUUAAUGGUCAUCAAGUGAAGCUCUAUUAUGGUGAGAAAGUGAGCACUGAAAGGGAGGUUCUUUAUCUUAAGGAGAUUAGCGGCUGAGCAUGAUCUAUCGUCAAGCUAAUGACGUUAAAGAAGCGCUUCUGGGAGACAACCCACCAGAAAAAAAAGGAAAAAAAAAAGAAAAAGAAAAAAAAAAAGAAUUAGGAGUUUGUUAUUUCUUGUUUCUGCAUUUUUUUUCCCAUUGUUUUUGUGAUUUCUUCCUGUGGUUGUGCGGUUGGAGUUCUUUGUUUUGAAUUGCAGGUGCGGCAUGGGAGUCAUGAACUGAUUUCGGAAGAAUUACGGUCCUAUGUAGAUGGAGUUCCUCAGAGCUACAAGUUGCAGUUUGCUUCACAGAGUGGGAUGCUCAAGAUGUGGGGCCGUUGGCAGCUUCUAUAUGGCGCCACAUGCUGAUUUUUGAGGAAUAGAUAAGCUGGCCGUUGACAGUAGACCAUUUUGAUGGACAAGACUCUGCUGGCAGAUUCAGGUUGAAUUGGCGCUUUGAUUUUAUGACCCGGCGUAUGAGCAGACAGAGGAGUUUCAGCAGCUUCUUUCCCAACUAAUUUGGGCUAAAAACCUUCUGGGAAUGCCAUUCUACACAUGAUACAAAGUUUGAUGCUCAUAGAAGUUCUAACAGACUGUGAACCAGGCUGCCUUAAUGUGUUUCUUCAUUGGAAAUAACCUUCACAGUAGCAGUCAAAUCACGAGCAAGGUGCCAGAGUGUUUCAUUUUCUUCUUGUGCCGCAUUUUUGAGCACGUUUCAGUGGACAAAGCAGUGCCCGUAGGCUGGUUUUUACUUCACCAGUGCACCAGACAGCCAUUCACACUUACUCAAGAUUGAAAGAGUUCAAGUAGUGUACAAGGCAGUCUGUGUGCAAGAUUCAGCGGUAUAUAUGCAUCGAGGGGGCUGAGUUUUGAGUUAUUAAGGAGGCUAUUCACUGCUGUUUGGUUUGUACAGUAUUCUGCUAACUCUUACUACGCUGUUAAUAAUGUGUGGUUACUCUCAUAUUACUCCUUUGUUGAAUUGUGUUGAUUAUCAUUCUGAUUAUGAUGUGCUGUCGGGCUGAAAAUCAUUUUAUUCUUUAACUUGCCCCUGUUAUUGUUGUUUUAAUCUUUUCUUUGACCUCGAGGGCGAUGUCACCCCUAAGUGUGGGGAGGUUUGGUUUUAGCUUGGUCAUGACAUUUGGUGAUGAAAUUAUUCUGCCCAAGAACAUUUUGAGGUGUACAAAUUCUUUUUUCUGGUUUAGCAAUGCAACAGAGGUAACUUGUUAAUCUUUAUUUUCUAUUGUAAUUUUCCAUCUCCUCCAUCUUUCUUGGAAAGAAUUAGUAAUGGUGUAAUCAUCGGGGUGGUGUGUAUAUUCUCAGAAAUGUUGGCAUGUUGGAUGGUUUGAUUUGUGUUGAUUAAAUUCGGUUUUACUCGUGAUUCACUAGUCCGCUUCAAUAAUUGCUUGACUGGCCAGGUGUUGAAAAUCCUUACUCCAUAAGGAGCUCUGCUUUCUAAGCAUAUCGGGAUAACUUCAUGCUAAGUAGGUAACUGAUUCUUGUAAUGGGGUUACACUUCUUGUGUCGAGAAUUUCAUCCUCGAAAUGGGGCUCUGCUCAUCUCGCGAAUCACCCUGUGAGAGAGUUGAGUACACAGUAAUGAGAUAAACUCCUAGGCCCUAGAGCUUGAAUCAGUCCUGUAAUCCAGAACCUGGUCAACUUUUCAUAUUAAAAAAAAAACAAAAGAAUCACGAGUAUUCCGAGUUUUAUAACACAAUUCUUGGGUUUUUGGAAUGAUUGGUGGUUUGGAUUUCACACACCUGCACCGUUGGGACAAUCAUGCUUUUCUCUACAUUUUAGUCGGUUGGAGAGGAAUUUUACUUUUGAAAAUAUUGUUUAACAUGUGAAUCUUGGUUUCGUUGUUAAGAAAGAAAAGACCUUGUGCAGUCAUUUGUUUUGGGUGUGAAUGAUUUUUGAACCAGGUGUUGCAUGUGAUUAUUUAUGUUUUCCGUGGGUUUACUGCACUGUUGCUUGGGGGCAAGCAACGCUCAAGUGUGGGGAGAUUUGAUAGGCUCGUUCCGUGCCUAUCUUUUCAACCAUAUUUUGGGUAUUAAUUGUCUAAUUUUUAUAAUUAAUCGGGUGACUAUUGGGGAUUUUGAGUAAAAAUUUGCUAUUUUUCGGUCCCGGUGGCAUUCAUAUUCAGUAUAGUAUUUUUCUACACAAUUUAACGUUUUUGGAGUAAUUUGAUUGUAAAGUUACAUGUUAUUAGCGAGUGUGGUGAGUUGUUAUUGUAUAGGCCGAGUUUGCGUGAAUAAUACAUUAUGUUUGGACUGGAUCAUUGGCGGUUUGUUUUAGAAGUUAUCAAGUGCAAUCCAAAGGAAAAAGAAAGAACGAGCAGCCCAAAAAGAAAAAAAAAACCGCAGCACCAUUCUUUUUACUUGGCAGCAGCCGCACCAAGAGGGGUUUUUUUUUGGUUCUUUUCUGUUGGGAGAAAUCAGCCGCAGGAGUAGUUUUGCUCAAUUCGUUCUGCUCUGUCAAUUCGCCGCACCAGCAGCAAUCAAGAAGAAAGUAGCAGCAAUUUUUCUUUUCUUCUUUACUCCUGGAAUUAGCCGCAGCAGUAACAAAAGCUAAGGAACUUCUUUUUCAUUCAAUUUAUUUCAAUUCAAUUUACCUUUUGAGCAAGAAUUGUAAGUGUUAGCAGUUUUUACAUUACUAGUUCUUAAUUUUGAAGUGAAUUUCGAAUCUAUCUGUCUCAAAUUAACAAUUUCAGAAUUUUCCAUUUCAAACUCAUAAUUCCGUUUUUUUUUUGUUUCUAGUUCCGUUUUUGGAAUGAUUGGUGGUUUGGAUUUCACACACCUGCACCGUUGGGACAAUCAUGCUUUUCUCUACAUUUUAGUCGGUUGGAGAGGAAUUUUACUUUUGAAAAUAUUGUUUAACAUGUGAAUCUUGGUUUCGUUGUUAAGAAAGAAAAGACCUUGUGCAGUCAUUUGUUUUUGGUGUGAAUGAUUUUUGAACCAGGUGUUGCAUGUGAUUAUUUAUGUUUUCCGUGGGUUUACUGCACUGUUGCUUGGGGGCAAGCAACGCUCAAGUGUGGGGAGAUUUGAUAGGCUCGUUCCGUGCCUAUCUUUUCAACCAUAUUUUGGGUGUUUACUGUCUAAUUUUUAUAAUUAAUCGGGUGACUAUUGGGGAUUUUGAGUAAAAAUUUGCUAUUUUUCGGUCCCGGUGGCAUUCAUAUUCAGUAUAGUAUUUUUCUACACAAUUUAACGUUUUUGGAGUAAUUUGAUUGUAAAGUUACAUGUUAUUAGAGAGUGUGGUGAGUUGUUAUUGUAUAGGCCGAGUUUGCGUGAAUAAUACAUUAUGUUUGGACUGGAUCAUUGGCGGUUUGUUUUAGAAGUUAUCAAGUGCAAUCCAAAGGAAAAAGAAAGAACGAGCAGCCCAAACAGGAAAAAAAAACCGCAGCACCGUUCUUUUUACUUGGCAGCAGCCGCACCAGGGGGAUAUUCCUUUCUAUUCGUAGCAGCAGUUCACUUAGGAGCAGAUCAGUAUCACUCAUUCUUUCCAUUCAUUUUUUUUUGAAGUUAGCCGUAGCACUACGAUUCUUUCUGUUCCUGAAAUCAAUUAGCCGCAGCAGAGUUUAUUUCCAUUCUUGUGUUCUGUCCUUAGUGAAUCAGCCGCAUCAGCAAGAAAGAAAAUCAGAACGGUUUCUAAACUGCACUCCUCUUUCAAUUUUCUCCUAGUUAAUUUAGAUUUCAAACAUUCAUUGUAAGUUAAACAUAUUUUGCAUUACUUAGUUUCAGAUCUGAAUUUACUUUCGAAGAUGUUUUUCUGUAGUUGAUAAUUAAGAAUUUCCCAGAGAAUUAUUCUACUUCAAUUUUUCUAGCCCUUAUCAUGCUUAUCAAUAUGAUUGUGAUGUUAAUUUUUAGUAUGAGUAACUAAUUUCUUAUAGGGUUUGAAUUGGGGCUAGGGUUCAUGGGUUCUUGAGGGUGUGAAUUUAGUUUUUCUGAAAUUCAAUUAAUUUUCUGGAAAAUUGUAUAAGAUUAAUCAUAAUUGUCUAUAUGAAUUUGAUCACCUCAUAUAUGAAUUUUUGGAUUUAAUUCAACUCUUGUCUAUGAGAAAUUGAGUUAAAUUAGCUCGGAUCUUAUACAAGCAAUCUGAUCUUAGAAAUAAGUUAGGAUUGUGAUAAAAUGAUUUUAUUCUUGUCUAUGAGAAGUGAUUUCAUUUUUUUUGUCCAGGAAUAAUUAAAAAUCAAUUUAGUUAAUUCUAAUCCCGAAAGAACACCCAGAACCCGAACCAUUCAAUUUGAACCCUGUUUUAAUAUUCUGAAUCAAUUUACUUAUUUUUUCAUCUAUUUAUUUUUGCACUUGCUGUUCGUUAAUUUUUUUAAACCAUCCAAAAAAAAUAUUCAUUCGGAAAGAUUACCAUGACUUGUGCUAGCCUGUGAUCACGGACUGUAUUUAAAACUUCCCUUUGCCACUCCUUGAGAGACGAUACUCGUGAUCUGGUUAUUCUU